CAAUCAGCAACACUUGUGAACUUACAUCCCAAUCGACAUCACCUUCCAGCGGACCUCCAGUCGAAAAUUCAACAUGUCGAAAUUUAGUUUUGUCGCCCUGAUCGCCUGCGCCGUCGUCUAUGUUCUGUGCAGUCGCAGCGCCGCAGCGCAGGUCAUUGGCAGAGGUCUCCUCAAAAAUCCCACUUAUCCCGGCAAAUGUGUGGUGAACUCCAACCUGAUUAUGUCGGUCGGACAGGUUGCCAAAGCGCCCAAUCAUCCGUGCGCCAGCAUAACCUGCUUGGAAGGCAGCACAGUCGAGUUGCACACGUGCAAAGCAGUGGCGAUGCCCAAGGGCUGCAAGCUGCGCGACUUUAUCAACACCAAUCGUAAAUUCCCCGAAUGUUGUGAGCGCCACUACGACUGCAACGAACACAUCUAAGUCUCUUAUCGUUGUCCAUAA